AUGUCAAUUAAUAUUGCCGCUCAAGAGCAGACGUCGUCAGACAGCAAAUCGGUAUCCGAGACUGAGAAGAUGCAAAUGACUUUUACCGAACUUAGGUCGAAUAGACCAAGAUCGCUAGACAGCUGCGAUUUCCGUAGAUUGCAGCUGCACAAAAGAUUUAUUUCUCUACCAAAUAUGGACUUGAGUAAAAAUUCCACGGAAGGAGCACCUACAAAGGACGGUUGGAAAUCCGCACCCAACUUGAUGUUACCGGAGCAGCUCAAGGGAAUGGAUGUGCGUGAAAAUUCCUCUGGCGAUGUUCCAGAAAUUGGAUUGUCGUCCGCGGAGUUGCCCGUUUCGAUGGAACUUCUAUCACGUGAUGAAUCGUCUGUUCCUGCGACAUUGAUGCCACCUGCCGCUGCAGAAAACGACCACUGGAUCGAGACGCCGUUGUCUGUCUCGUCGCCGUUGUCCGUCUCGUUGCCGUUGUCCGUCUCAUCGCCGUUGCCGCCGGUAGAAGCCGGACAAACGGAUACGGCAACCAGCAGUGGCCGUAGUGACGCGGGGACGGACCACCUGGCGGUAACCACGGUCGCGUCUAGGCGUUCACUUUGGAACCGGACGAAGCGGUUCGUCAGGCGUACGUUCUGCUGUGGUGCGACCGACAGCGCAGAUGAAUAG